GUCAUCUGCUAUUAAAAAAAAAAACAGUCCACUGUUAGCCAAUCUGCGACGCAGCCCAGGGACUGUCAAGGGAGGCCAUAACAGCAGCUGGCAAACUAUUGACAGUUUAUCAAGCAACGAAACUCGGGAUUUGCUGUUUUUGUGACCAUAGCCGAGUAACACCGGUUAGGAUUGGAAGGUGCAGCCGAGCUAGGGUGUAGUGAAGUCGGGGAGAGGAGGAGGGGACGGUCCGGACAGGAGAAAAACAAAGAUGUCUGCGUAGUUAAACUAGGCAAAUCCUAGCGAACUGUCUGAACAUCUCAGAUUUUUCUAAAACUGACACGUCCAGGAGUUCCAGUGGAUAGCGAGCUGACACCAGGGAAAUAACGUUUACCGAGCUGCCGAACCGGGCCGUUAUGAACGGCCGCUCAUGCGCUGUCACGGCAAAUAACUGCGACUUGACAACACAAAAACAUCUGUGACGGGUUGUUUUGUUCUAGCUAGACAAGGGCGAGGACUAGACUGUUUUGUGAGCUUGUUAGCUAUAGCAUGUAGCUAGCUGAAUAUAUUCGUUAAACUGCCAGUCAACAGCGCUACAUUUAUACCAAAACGACCGUCAAAUAACUAUUUUUUUUGUUGUUGUCAAUUUCUAUAGCGUUAGGCGAACGUUUGUUUGUUCAAUUCAAAACGUAUUGCGCAUCAUUGCUUACAAAACUAGCUAGCUAGCUAACGUGUAUUCCAGCUCUGACUUCUUGCUAGCCAGCUGACCGUUAGCUGUCCUGGCUUUCCCUCGCCUAGCCUGUGUAGCUAAAUCUACCAGCUAGCUCACAUUUUGGCUACAGGUCGCUAGAUUACGCCUGACAAACACCAUCACCACCACCCACCAUGUCCUCGAUGGAAGAGCGUGGUGAGGUGGGCGUCGCGGCUGCUCCAGGCUCCUCAGGCGGGGUUGGGGCGGUGGGGGCAGCCCUGGAGACAGUGGUCGGUGGGCCAUCAAUGCAAGAGGAGGUGGGCUUCCGAAGAGGAGAGGGACUCGGGCCCGAGUCGGACCCGGACGAGCCGCCGCCCAAGAAGCGGAUGAGACUGCCGGAGGGAGAGUCGGGAAAGCUGGAAGAGAGGCUGUAUUCAGUGCUGUGCUGCACGGUGUGUUUAGACCUGCCCAAAGCCUCCGUUUAUCAGUGCACCAACGGUCACCUGAUGUGUGCUGGCUGUUUCAUCCACCUGCUGGCUGACUCUCGUCUGAAAGAGGAACAGGCCACUUGUCCUAACUGCAGGUGUGAGAUCACCAAGUCUCUGUGUUGUAGGAACCUGGCUGUAGAGAAGGCAGUGAGUGAGCUGCCCACAGACUGCCCCUUCUGUCUCAAACAGUUCCCUCGCUCCAGCCUGGAGAGGCACCAGAGAGAGGAGUGCCAAGACAGGGUGACGCAGUGUAAGUAUAAGCGGAUUGGCUGCCCAUGGAAGGGACCGUUCCACGAGCUACCGGCCCACGAGGAGGAGUGCUGCCAUCCCACCAAGACUGGCACAGAGCUGAUGGGCAUCCUGGGGGAGAUGGACCAGAGCCACAGCAGAGAACUAACCCUUUACAACUCUAUAUUCUCCCUGCUCUGUUACGAGAAGAUAGGCUUCACAGGUAGGCUAGAGGUCCAGUUCAGGCCGUACCGGACAGAUGACUUCAUAACCCGUCUGUACUAUGAAAGUCCUCGUUUCACCGUGUUGAACCAGACCUGGGUACUGAAGGCCAGAGUCAACGACUCAGAACGCAACCCUAACCUCUCCUGCAAACGCACCCUCUCCUUCCAACUCAUCCUCAAGAGCAAGGUGAACUCGGCUAUAGAGUGUUCCUUCCUGCUGUUGAAAGGUCCGUACGAUGACGUGAGGAUCAAGCCUGUGAUUCACCAUCAUGCGUUCAGCAACGACACCAACGAGACUGAUUACGUCCCCCUGCCCAUCACCGACUCUGUGGAGUGUAACAAACUACUGGCCGCUAAGAACAUCAACCUACGACUCUUCAUCUUCCAGAUCCAGAAGUAGACAGAAGAGGAAGAGGAGGAGGAGGAGGACCGAGAGAGACGUGUAGAGGACUUGAGGGAGAGAGAAGUUUGAGAUUAAAGUGAGACACCACUGAUACCUCUUUAUACACACACACACACACACACACACACACACACACACACACACACACACACACACACACACACACACACACGCCCACUGGACCACAUAUUGAGAGAGUUGGGGAACCCCACCAUUUCAGGUGCUGCUUUUAGUGUUGCUUUGGAGACCAAUGGUGUUGUUAGGGGAAUUAAUCUGUAUGGACUGAGGAAGUUGUUACUAUGGGGGUGUUAGGGGAGAUGGUGUUGUCACUAUGGAGACUGGAUGGUGUUGUUAGGGCAAUUCAUCUGUAUGGACUGAGGAAGUUGUUACUAUGGGGGUGUUAGGGGAGAUGGUGUUGUCGCUAUGGAGACAGGAUGGUGUACCUGUUGAGUCUGUCUGACCUUUCACCCUUUGACCCCAGAGCCAAAGGUAGCUCAUACCCACCAAAGCAGGAUGAACCAUACGAGUGUGUGUGUGUGUGUGUGGUACGAUACUCUGAGUAAAUGUGUGUGCGUAUGUGUUCCUAAGAUGUGAAUGUGACCAGUCUGUUGACCAGUCAGCUAGUCUGUCCUAUAGAAUGGAAGGGUGGGUUACCUGUAUAUAUACACUGACCUGCUCCUAGUCUGUCCUAUAGAAUGGAAGGGUGGGUUACCUGUAUAUAUACACUGACCUGCUCCUAGUCUGUCCUAUAGAAUGGAAGGGUGGGUUACCUGUAUAUAUACACUGACCUGCUCCUAGUCUGUCCUAUAGAAUGGAAGGGUGGGUUACCUGUAUAUAUACACUGACCUGCUCCUAGUCUGUCCUAUAGAAUGGAAGGGUGGGUUACCUGUAUAUAUACACUGACCUGCUCCUAGUCUGUCCUAUAGAAUGGAAGGGUGGGUUACCUGUAUAUAUACACUGACCUGCUCCUAGUCUGUCCUAUAGAAUGGAAGGGUGGGUUACCUGUAUAUAUACACUGACCUGCUCCUAGUCUGUUUGAUUAGGAGAGCCAUCCAUUUUGUUCUGAGACCAAAGCAGAGCCAAGAUGGCAGUGUUUUGCAUGCUCCUUUUAGUUAGUCCUUCAAAAAUGAGUUGUGAUUUAUAUAUUUAACCUCAAAACUUAACUUAUACCUUUUUUUUAAUUUCUUUUUAACCCUGAAUAUUUAAAUUCCUAUGAACUUAGCCUUUUUUUUAGUUUGGUAUUAGUGUGGCUGUGCGCUUGCGUGUGUGUGUGUGUGCACGGCGUUGCUCGCGUGAGUUUGUGUGUUGAGACAGAUACAUUUAGGGCCCUAGUGAUCACAUCCCUAUAAACAGAUACUUGCAUGGCCACACACACACACACACACACACACAAUCGACAGACGUCUUAGGCCUGUUCAGAAACAAACAUCUGUGUGUGUGUGUGUGGACUUUUGCUCUGGUUGGGCCGUGCUAGAACCGGAGAACCCAGAACCCUGAAACGGACCUGAAGGGAACCCCAGCUAGUGUGACAGACUGGGUUUGAAUCCGGUUUGUCUGCGUGCCACAAGACCGUGUUAGUCCUCUAAGCUAAAGCCUAGGGCAUUAUCUUGGGCAGGUGCCCCUGUAGUAGGGUGGUUCUCCUCCGAAAGACGGAAACGAGAACCUGAACGGUCCACCUGCUCAGCCCUGUUUCACAGGACUACGGGCUCGAUUCUAUCAGAUCCGCUUUAACCAACAUCUGCAGAGUGGUUGUUUUGGCAGUCAAAUCCACAAGUAAAGCCGGACAUUCCCAUUGGCUGCACGGAGUCACAUUAACAGAAAUCCCAUGCAUCCUUGUUUACAAGUUCAACACUGGAAUGUGAGAUGUAAUUUACACCUCGAUUUAAGAGAUGAAAGAAAUCGUCCUUUUAGUUAAAUGAUUUUUUUUUUCAAUUUGAGCAUAAAUAUUUCUAUAUAGCCUACACGUUCUCGUUGUGAACUUCUGCAGCGAGCGAGGCAGGUGUGGUUUCCGGACAAUGAUCACAAGAGCAGCUGCUCAGUGAUUUGUUAUUUUUAUUUGAUGGCUCAAACUAAGUUCCACCGCCAAAACAUCCGCUAUGUUGGUGUCUUCUAUCGCCGGGUAACUCAUGAUCUGAUUGUAUCUAGCUCAGGACUCUGGUUUUAAAUGGGGAGAAUCCUGGAUGGACCUUUUGACUCUGGGAACUGGAAAUAUGUGUGUGUGUGUGUGUGUGGGGUGGGGGGCGUUACUAUGGUGACGUGUUUAGAGUGUUAGAGUUACUUGAAUGAUGCUGAGAUGACGAUGUUACUAAAAAGUAGAAUCUACUGUGAUAGCUCUGUCUCUCCUCCUGACCUAUUUAGGUUGAGUAUUUCUAUAGAUCUGACUCCUCCAGGCCUAUCUAGGUCUUGUAUUUCUGUGUUUUAAUGCUUUUCGUCUCUAUGCCAAUAGACUCACUGACUCAUCUCACUAUGGCUGUACAUGUGCCUUUUAUUAAAGAUCAUGGAAACUGAAA